AUGGCGAAGCCUUUCACCCUUGACGAAUACAAGCGUUACCUUCCAGCAAGGCUUUGGAGGGUGACGCACCGCCUUUCCCAAUCUCGAUGGCACCAAGGAGAUCUCGUCGCAGCAGACCAGUCUCGCGUGUUCAACAACGAGGACGAGCUGAAGGAAGCAGUCCAAAAACAUGUCAACUGGUGGUGUUCUCAACCAAGCUGUUUCUUGUCUGUGUUCAGCGACCCGCAUCACGCACGUAACUGGGCCGCGCAACGCGACCCCCCGGCCUACAUCCACGAAAUCGACACGGCACGGUUGCCAAUCGGUACCGACAUCCUGGAUAUGGGGGUGCUGAUUGCCAAGCUGGGAAUCAAGAACCCACAUCCCGCCCACGAGUUGCUGUUCCUGCACCGCAUUCCAUCCGAGUGCAUUGUGGAUACCAGCGAGGCAUCGAAUUUUCAAUAUCGCUUCGGAGCCCGCAGCCAUUACUGGGCGGUAGACCCGGUUGACGCCUACGAUUCCGAUGAUUCGAUUGAAGAACGGAAUCGAAACGAUGAUAUAUUGAAGAUGAUUGAGGGGCUGUGGGAAUAA